GCCCACUCGCUCAAAAGCUCGUCAAGAUGGCGGCCAUCGAAACUCUCCCCUCGUCGAUCUCGAACCUUGGCUCGGACAUCAAGCUGUUUGGAAAGUGGGAUACUCAAGAUGUCGAAGUCAAGGACAUUUCGUUGACCGACUACAUCCAAAUUCGCCAUGCCGUGUACCUCCCACAUACUGCUGGCCGUUAUGCGAAGAAACAGUUCAAGAAAGCUCAGAUGCCGAUUGUCGAGCGCCUUGUUGACAGCUUGAUGAUGAAAGGUCGCAACAACGGGAAGAAGCUCAUGGCGCUCCGUAUCGUUGCACAUGCGUUUGAGAUCAUCCACCUGCUUACGGACCAGAAUCCUAUUCAGGUCCUUGUCGAUGCAAUCGUCAACACUGGCCCUCGUGAAGACUCAACUCGUAUCGGCUCGCAGGGUACUGUCCGUCGUCAGGCCGUCGAUGUUUCACCUCUUCGUCGUGUAAAUCAGGCUAUUGCUCUUCUCACCAUCGGCACCCGUGAAUCUGCAUUCCGCAACGUUAAAUCUAUUGCAGAGUGCUUGGCAGAUGAACUCAUCAACGCCGCCAAGGGGUCAUCAAACUCAUAUGCGAUCAAGAAAAAGGACGAACUCGAGCGUGUCGCCAAGUCCAACCGGUAAACCUUCACGCUCAACCCUUCUUCGCAUUUGGCAGCAGGUUUGUGUACUCAAAUAUGAGAACUCCAAAUGUACAUUUGUCAGGGAUGUUCUUCGUCUUUGGCUGCUAUGCGUAAUUCUCUUAUGUCGGCCAAGCCUAUUCCCAAUGUUUGUAUCCUCAUGCCUUUCUCUCCGCAUUCCUCGCCUUGCAAAUAACAAAAAAGGCUUUUACGC